AUGGAUAAUUAUCCUCCAGAGUUCAUUUUACACCAUGUUCCUUUAAUGGCUGUAAUCGGUCUAGGCACAGCGAGAGACUUGGUAGAACAGCCCACCUUUACAGCUGAUUCUGCGACAAGUUCUCCUGUUAGCUCUAAACCUCAAUCGCGAAGAAGCUCAUUGAGUGCGAAUUCAACACCAAGGCAACAGCUUUCAAAGUCUUUAUUAGCACAUUUAACUGCAAAAAGUCAAGUUGGCGUUUGGGAGCUUGGUAAAAGUGCGAGUGCAACCUUUCACGUUGUUGCUGUAGACAAGAAUCAUCAAUUUCCUCCUCGAAAACCAAUGAUGAGACCUCCAGCACAAACUCAUCAUCCAAAUAUGCCAAUUGCACAUUCACCUCUUUCCCCGUUAACACAAGGAUCUCCCGUUUAUCCUGAUGGUUUGAUUCCUCCUAUAUGGGUAAGGAAACAUCGAGAAAUCUUACCAAGCGUUGUUGUAGGCUUUUAUGAAUUGUGGCAUCGGUCUUCAUCUGAUCCUAUACAAGAAAAGGAAGAAAUCAUUCCAGCACCGGAACCCCAGGGCACAGCAGAAUCAAUUGAAAGGGAAAAGGAUUAUAAUUUGGCGAUGGAGAUGAAUGAAAGGAGAAAAUCCUUACAUGAGAGAGGUAUUAAAUUUUCGGCCGUUAUCUUACUUAAAACGCAAAACAUGAAAGAUCAAACGAUGGAAGAACGAUUAGGAUAUAUUCGAAGAUUUAGUGGAUUAGAUACGAGAAAUUCAUUUUUCUUGCUAACACCAUCUCAGCAUGGAGAUUUACAAGAUUUCGUGAUAAACCUGCAAAAAUCCCUUUAUGAACAUGGAUUAAAUUAUUAUCGAGAACAUGGCAAGCGCGUAAAAAGGAAGCGAACUAGGUUACCUUCCCCUUCUAGUACCAAUUCUAUGCGAUCUUCGACCAUCCCACAACCUCUUGGUGUUCAAGGUUGGAUGAUCCGAUAUGAUUACAAGUUGGCAACUUUUGCUGAAUUUCGACAAGAAAUGGAGGCGGCUAUUAACUACUACGAAUUGGCUUAUAACCUUCUUGUAGAUCUUUUUGCGCCUCAGUCUUCUAUCACAGUUGGCGCGAUCGGACUUCCGAUUCGUAGUAAGCGUUGGGGCGAAGCUAGAAUUCUUGCUGAUACUAUUAAUCUGAAAAUAUGUAAAUUGAACCUUUAUAUCGAUUCCCCUUCUGGGGCGCUUGCUCAAUUGAAUAAACACGUGUCCACUUUUAGGAACAUAUCUGACACUCUGGGUAUCGGUGAAGAUACGUUUGAGUAUUGGGCAUGGUUAUCGAAACAGUAUCGUAUUUUUGGUGACGUUCUAGAAAUUGCCACUAGAUCUGGAUUUGUUAUCCCGGAUCCGGCAACUAUCUCUCAUAACACGGUAUCAUCGGAUUUUAGAUUUAGUAUAUCACACAAUCCUAAUACAGGUUCUGGAAUUAAUCCAACGAUGAUUCUUCAACACCCAGGAUUUUAUUAUCACAUGGCAGCAAAAUAUAAUUCAUUUAGAAGAAAAAAAUUUUUGGAUUUAGAAAUGUUUAUGAAAAAAGAGGGGCUUGAACUCCAGAACAUUCCACCACAAAAUAUCUUAGAAGCUGAGCGAAAUGUAGAUCACUCAACAUUGACAAUUGAAUUGUUUACAAAGAGUUAUGAGCAAUUUAAGGCACAAAAAACUGGUCGUAUGACGCUGUAUUUAGCAUCUGAGAUCGCCAACACUUACUUGGAAGCUGGAAAAUAUGAAACGGCUUUAAAGUUUUUUGAAAGGAUUGCCAAAACAUAUCGUAAAGAAAAUUGGCAUACAAUCCUGGAAUCGAUUUUGAGAUGUUCCCUAAAAUGCGCUAAAGAACUUGGUGGUUGGGAGAAUGUUCUAGAGUAUUUAGUUGAACUUUUAUCGGACCAAUUUUCCAUGUCAAACCUAAACCGAGCCGAAAUUCAUAAUGAACUUAUGGAUGUACUUUUUAAAGCCAAUUUUCCCGAGCUUCGGAAAGUUGCCAUUGACAUGGAUGAAAUAAAUUCUUUCAUAACAUGCCGUGUUCAAUUUAAAGGCGACACAACAUUUAUUGGUGCCGAAACCCCCUUUCAAAUUACAGUCACAACCCAAGCUGAAUCACCACCUAUUCCUUUACGAUUCUCUUUUCUUCGCUUGUCGUUUAAUGACUCGUAUUUCAACCAUUAUUUACGUGAUAAAAGUAAUGAUGAAGAAGACAAUGCAAAAUUAGAAUGGGUGGAUUGCAAAAAUUGCUCACAGGAGGAAGUUGAUGGUGAAGGAUUAGUAUGGGUUAAGGACGUUAAUUUGAAGAUUAGUAAAGGUAUUACUAAAGUCUUUGAAGGAUUGAUUGAACCAAAGGAAAGUGGGGAUAUACAGCUUCAGACUAUUUCUUUUGGAUUAUUAUCUGAAAAAUGGAAGGUUGAACUUCAUUGUAAUUUGAAAAAUGCAAAGGAUGAACGUUCUAAACGUAAAUGGGUGAUUGGUGAAGUGGAUUCCGAAGGCGAAGUCAUUAAGCCUACUUAUACGAUCUUAAAUGGAAUAGGAGAACGUACUACUAUCAAGGUUAUACAAAAACUUGCCAAGUUAGAUAUACAAGCUAAGCACUCGGCUCCAGCAUUACUGGACGAACACUAUCCUAUAGAAAUUACUAUAGUAAAUUUGGAACAAGAAGAAGUCAAGGCAUUUUUAAAUGCGGAGGUUCUUACAGAUGCACCACCUAAUUCGAUAGAUUCAGAAGAUUUUAUUACAUUAAACCCCACAACAAAUUCUUCUAACAAUUUAAAAGACAUUGAUAUAGGAAUAAUACCGGCAGGAGAAUCUGUGGUGAAGAUGGUUUAUGUCCUUGGAAAAAAAUCAAACUUUUCGCGGACACUUCAUUUAACAGUUUAUUAUGCAUCAACUAGUUCAGUUCCAUCUGCACCGCCUCCAACACAAGGAUGGAUUGAAAAGAGGGAAGAUCUUAGAAUACAUUUUAUUUCCCCGUUCACGUUUUCCUUUAAUAUUUCACCACAAAGCGAAGAAUUUUGUAAAGGAAGCUCGAUAAAUCCUUUGGAAAGAGUUGAGAGAUAUCUUCUAGUCGCAAAGAUUACAACAACAAGUCCAUGGGAGAUUUCAGUAUACGAUAUUGAUUUAGAAAUGUUAAAACAAGCAAAUGAACAGACCAGAAUAGAAAUAGAUGCAUCAUCAAUUGAAAUAGAUAAUGAUUUUCGGGAACAAGUCUGGAAACAAGGAAAUGUAUAUCAUGUAAAUUAUUUGUUAAAGUUGACAUUAGAGGACAUCAAACAGUUAGAUAUAGGUGUUGGAUUUCUGGUGAUUCAAUGGAAAAGAAAACAACAAUCUCCUGUGUACAAAGAUUUUGAACUUUCUAAUACAGAGUCAACAAUGAGAGUACCACAAUUAAAAAGAAAAAAGACGGAAAUCUCAGCAACUAUAAACAUUCCACCAAAUCCAAAAGUAGGACAGCUAUUUACUCUUCGUUAUAAAAUUAUAAACUGGACAAAAUCUGAAAAGAAUAUACAUGUGACUGUAGAAGUAAAUGAUUCUUUUGUCUUUUCUGGAUAUAAACAAACGCAUUUUAUCGUACCGGGGAUGGGAGAAUAUUGUUUUAAAGUGAAUUGUUUUCCAUUAUCUUCAGGAAAAGUGAAGUUACCAAAGGUGAAAAUGGUGAAAAAAGGUGAAUUUGAAGGAGAUGAUGAUUUGAAUAUUAUCGCACAUGGAUAUAAAGAAGGGAUUGAGGAGGAUUAUUUUGUAAUAUUUAUUAAACCUAAAAUAGAUGUAUGA